AUGUCUGAUAACAUAUUUCACAUUUGUCAAGAGGCAACUAAGGAAGAGUUCAAAGUUUCGAAAUACUACUUGGAUCGUCGUCCUCUGAAGCAUGUGCUGCAAACACAGCUGCCAAUGCAGCAAUUUUUUGAGCCUCCCCCCAAAACCGAAUCUAUUGAAAUUGGGAACAUCAUCUAUUAUGGGUUCAGCAGGAUCCACCUCGCCCAGACAAUAAAGUACACAAAGGACAAGGGCUAUGACAUCAGGCCUGGAGACUUUGUGAAUGUCGCUCGCAGGCUGGAGUAUCAGGCGACAGCAGUUGUGCAAAGUGUCGACUUUCUGAUGGCUCGCUUGACCCUAUUGUCUCAAACUGAUGGCUCAUUGAUUAAUGUUCCCAUGCGGUUCAUGGUAAAGACAUGCAACGUGAGCCUGGAUACCUUUAAGAAUGACAUCGGCAAAGAAGUAUUCAUUAUUCAAGGUCAGCAUAAAGGCUAUCAAGCCACACUAUACGAUAUUGAGAGCAAGGGUUGCUCUGUUGCACUGCAUGGGCAGAAGCGGAUAACACUUGAGCUCCCUGAAGUUACCACUAGGCCCACUACUGUCAUAUACCGGAUCCAAGCACCUCCAAUACCACCUGUGAACAUCCUCACCCCUGGCCUGACCCCCUGUUUCCUCGUCCGCUCCAUUCCUCCUUCUCUGACAAUGCACGAAGUGCAUCUCAGCAGGAUUAGCCCUGCUACCUCCGCCCAACCCCGUUCCACUCCUCUGAUCCUACUCCUACUCCCUCCGCUUUUCCGACUCGCUCGGAUCCUUCAGUUCCGCUCAUAUUGCCCUACCCGACUAUUAGUCCGCCCGACCACCUCACCGGUCCACUCCUAG